AUGUGGCGGUGGCGGUAUGUGAGCGGCCGGCAGCUGCACGGCUUCCGACACUACAAGUACAGUGCUGUGGAUACAAAUCCUUUAUCUGUGUACAUUAUGCAGCCCAUCUGGAAUAAAAUUAUUAAGAUAGUGCCUUUGUGGAUUGCUCCCAACCUGUUAACAUUCUCCGGAUUUGUCAUGAUUUUAUUUAAUUAUUUUCUAUUAUCUUUUUACGACUGGGACUACACUGCCUCAGGUACCAGUCCUGGACUUGUUCCCACCUGGGUGUGGCUGUUCAGUGCUUUUACCACCUUUUGUGCUUAUGCUUUAGACUCCAUAGAUGGGAAACAUGCUCGAAGAACUCAGUCCAGUACUCCUCUGGGAGAACUAUUUGACCAUGGGCUGGAUAGCUGGGCUACCUCCAUCUUUGUGCUUUCUUUUUUUUCUGUCUGUUCCCGUGACAAUGGGAAGACUGGAGUUUCUGUAUAUACAAUGUAUAUAUAUUUAAGCAUUGUCCUGUUUAACUUCAUGUGUUCACACUGGGAGAAAUAUAACACAGGAGUUCUUUUUCUUCCUUGGGGAUAUGAUAUAAGCCAAGUGGUGUUAAUUGCAGCAUAUCUGCUCACUGGUACUGUUGGUGUGGAGGUCUGGCAGAAGCCUUUGCUGUUUGGUUAUUAUAUUACAGAUGUAUUAGUUAUCCUGCUUAUAGGCUUCAGUUUGUUUCUAUCAUUUCCACAAACACUCUACAACAUUCACAGAGCAUAUUUAAAGAAAACACUGAAGAAUGAUUCUCUGUAUGAAGGACUGCUACCUCUUGUGUCACCUCUGUUGCUGUUCAUUCUUCUUACAGUCUGGGUGGUUUUAUCUCCAAGCAACAUAUUAACAAAGCAACCCAGACUGUUUUUAUGGAUGGUUGGGGUUGCUUUCUCAAAUGUUAUUUGCAAGGUGAUCAUCUGCCAGAUGAGCAGCAGCCGGCCGGAGCUGUUCCACUGGUUCCUGUUCCCGCUGGCGCUGGUGGUGUACGCGGCCAUCUCCGGGCUGCUGGGCUCCAUGGAAGAAGUGGUUCUUGGCAUCUUCACCACCCUGGUCACGGCUGCCCAUGUGCACUACGGGGUCUGCGUGGGUAGGCAGCUGAGUGAGCACUUGAAUAUUUACAUCUUUUCCCUGAAGAAACGCAUCCAAGAGUGA